UGUUUGUAUCAGAAUGAGCCGCUUGAUGACCAGAAAGCAGAAGCGUGAAAGCGCCGAGCGCGAACGCAGGGAACGCAAUCGCAUGGAGGAGGUGAAGAGACGCGAGAGGCUGGGCCUCUAUGGUCCCUUGAAAUAUCUGAACAAAAAGGCUGAACCUAAGGGUGUUAAAGAGCACUGCAACUUGUCCGAUGGCGAAGAAGAAAUGGAGGAGAUGCGGGAUUUCAUUGUCGAGGAAGAUGAGGAAAUUAGCUCCAAAUUGGUUUCAUCGCACAUCCGGACAAUCUUUGGCUAUGACAAGCGUCGCUUUGCGGACGAGUCGGACAUGGACUUGCGCCACAUGGACGCCAACUUUGGUGAAGUGGAGAAAGAGGAGCGCACUAGUAUGCGUCUGGGCAGGAAGGAGGACCUGGACGAUAUGCGCCUGGAACGCGAGCAGAACAAACGCAAAAAAAUGAAGAUGUCCAAGGGGAAAUAGAACGACUGUAUUUUUGGAGCAGAUUAAAGUGAUAUACGUGUGCC